UUGUCAAAGUCAACAAAAAAUUGCUAACCUUCCUUUUUUUCUCUUUGAGUGAAAAAAUUAAGUAUUUUAAGCGAAUAAAUUUCAUCAUUUAUCGUUAUUAGUUGUUGGAGGCUCAGCUAUAAAAAGCGAAUAAACGAUUUGUAUGGUAAAUGCCUGCUUAAUAAAUCUUAAACUAUACGCUUUUUUCGCUAGGUAGUGCGCGCCGGUGAAAUUGUGAUCAUGGCGAAUCCGUCAUCAGGCGUUGUGGUUCCUCGAAACUUUCGUCUUCUAGAAGAACUUGAACAAGGCCAAAAGGGAGUGGGCGAUGGAACCAUAUCAUGGGGCCUCGAGAGUGAUGAUGACAUGACCCUCACCCAUUGGACUGGAAUGAUAAUUGGCCCCCCUAGGACGCCUUAUGAAAAUAGGAUGUAUUCACUUAAAAUUGAGUGUGGUACUAGAUACCCUGAUGAACCUCCAACUGCUCGCUUUAUUUCUAGAAUCAACAUGAACUGUGUUAACAGUCAGACUGGACUUGUGGAUAACAGACAAGUUCCAAUUCUUGCUAGAUGGCAACGUGAUUACACUAUCAAGACAGUCCUGCAGGAACUGAGACGUCUCAUGACAUUGAAGGAAAACAUGAAGCUGUCACAGCCCCCAGAGGGAAGCACUUUCUAGUUUCUCUCCCACAAAACUUUUCUCCAUAGACCCAAUCUACCUAUUUCUCACUUUGAAUUCAACACUAUAAUUGUAAUGUAUUUCACUUUAUUUCCUCCUAUAUAAUAAGCUAUGACAACCUGCAUCAAAAUUUAUUUGACUUCAAUUUAAGUAAUAUUAUGCUAGUGUGUAUCUUAGAUAUGUAUAAUUGCAUUUAUUGUUGUCUGAGUCAGUCUUUUGUGCUAAGUGCUACUUUGAUUUAAUAAUUGUAGAUUGGGUGAAUAAGUAAGAAUUCAUUUUAUAUAGCUCUUCAAAUUACCCAUUUAGAGGGUAACACCCAUUUAUUUAUCAUAUUACCUAAAUUAUUGUGGCCUUUAAAAAGUUAAACUUGCUUUUGGUAUUAUUAAGGCUAGUUUUACUGAUUGUCUUGGUUUAGGUAAGUGGUUUAUGCCCAUCUUAUAAUACAACUAAUCAUUUAAUUUUGACUUCUUGGCGAAAUUUAUAUGCAUUUUCGUUGUUUAUAUUUCUGGGCAUAAUGUAUUUUUUUUUAAACCUGUAUCCCUUGUCUGAAAUGUAAAGGUUAAAGUUUUUAUUUCUAUGUAAUUAGUCAUCUACUGAAUUCAUAUGACAGAAAAUUGCUUAAUUUUUUACUACAUAGUUUAACUUGAUCAAGUGUAAAAUAUUGUAGGAAAUUUUUAUUUCUUAGGAACAUAAGAUAAAGUACUACUGGUUCAUUUCCAAGCUUUGCAUCAGGUUAACUGUUUCUCUCAAACACAUAACUAAUGCAUGUAAUGCAAUUUUUUUAGCUACAAACUAUCAAGUAGCUUAUCAUUUGGGAACUACAUAAAUCUUACAUUAGUUCCCCUGCAUCUGUUAUGCGUGAAUUUAUUGUUACAAACCAAAUGCUAAGUCAAAUUGUUUCAUAGCAUUAAAUAUUUUUACCAAUGUAUAACUAGCAAAAAUAAAUAAAUCAAAUAACACUGUCAUAAA